UUUGAUUUAUUGAAACAACGGGUUAUUGAUCUUGAGGCUGAGAAUGUGAAGCUAAAACAAAUUAUUGAAGAAAACGCUAAACGCGAAGCCGAGAACGUUAACCUUAAGAUGGAACUAGAAAAAAAUAAAAAAGAUAUCACCUAUCUCUCAGCUGAAAAUUCUGAGCUUAAAAUCAAAGUAGCAAAAUUAAGCUGUGAUUUCGAGGAAAUAAAAUAA